AUGGAACGAUGGUUUUGUAGCAGCGUACACAGAUUCAAGGCUAUGUUGAAACGAGUGAGGCCUACCUUCCACGCUGUUCGUUCAACACGUAGAUUACUGUCGAGCGAUGACAAAAAGGACACAAAGAAGCCAGUAACUGCGAGUUCCAAGGAAGUUCUCGGUGAUGAGUUAUUGGAUGCAGUUAAUUCUGUCGCAGAAGGUUUGCACAAGGAUGACCCAGUAGCGAAGAAAGUAACCAAAAACACUCUCAUAUCAAAAUUAAUCUCACAUGAGAAGGCAACAUUUGAUGAGGCUACAAGUGCACAAAUGCAAGAUAUGCUUGAAGACAAAGCGAUUCAAGGACUCCUCAGCUCUGUCGCAACUGAUACAAAGGCAGCAAGCCCUCUUACUAAUAGAAGCGCUCAAGCCCGACAGGAGCGGAGAGGACUUCUUCUUCUAAGGAAAGAAAUUUUUUAUCAGGCUGUCCAGAGUGGAGUUAAACCUGCUGAGGCACAAAAGCUGGCAGAAAAUGCAGUAGCUGAAGCCCAUCAGCGUUUGACUGCGAAGAGAAAGGCGCAAGUUGAAGGUGCUAAGGCAGAGGAAGACUUGAGUCGCAAGCAAAAAGUUGAACGAGUCGAAUCUGAGCAGAAAUUUUACGACUAUGCUAUGCAAAUGGCUGAGAAGAUGCUGUAUAAUGAUGAUAUGCUCGCAAGUGGUUCGAAGGGUCGUAGGACAAUCAAACCAGAUCCGGCUGUUCCAUCACUGUUGAGCGGAUCGAAACGUCUGGGAAUUUGGAAUACUGUGGAAGACUGCCGGGAUGUAAGCCUUCGUUUUUGGCAAGAAUGGGAUUCUAGAGCAGCACGGAUAAUGAAUCAGUCAUUCGGCCCGGAAAAUUCCUUUGAAGAACAAAUUAAAUGGACAAAUGAAGGAAAGCAGUGGCCAUAUCCAAUAGAUAACGAGUACAUGUUUGGAUCAGAGUCCGAGGUACCCUUCUACGAACAUAUAUUCCUCGAAAGACAUCUUCCUAAACUAGGACUGCCAAAGGAUGGUCCCAUCGCACACUUCAUGGAGCUGGUGUGUGUCGGUCUCUCGAAAAAUCCUUAUAUGACUUUGGAGAAGAAAAUGGACCAUCUUCAUUGGUUCGCCAAGUUUUUCAACGCAGAGAAGCAGGCCCUGAUCCAAAAAUUGCACGAACAAGAACAAUUAGCCGCUCAAAAUCAAUAG